AUACGUUCUCGCUUUUAUCAUUGGGGGCCUCUUCUUUGUAAAGCCAAUGCGGUCCAAAAGCUAUGUGACAAUGAUGGACCCCCUCCAAGAAACCUAUGGGAACACUAUGGGAACCCUUCUCUUUCUUCCAACAUUGAUAGGAGAUGUAUUUUGGUUUGCAGCUAUACUUUCUGCUUUAGGGGCUACAAUGAGUGUGAUCUUGGAUAUCAGAGGCUAUUUAGCAAUCAUCAUUUCAGCAUCUACUGUUGUACUCUACACUUUACUGGGAGGACUAAAUUCAGUUGCCUACACUGAUGUGAUACAGCUGGUUUUUAUGAUGGUCAGCCUGUGGACUUGUGUGCCAUUUGCACUGCUGAACUCUGCAACUGAAAGCAUCUAUUAUACUGCUGUUAAUGAAUUCUAUCAAGUACCAUGGAUUGGCAAACUGGAAACUGAGUAUGUUGGAAGAUGGCUAGAUGAACUUUUGUAUGUGGCUCUUGGAAGUAUUGCAUGGCAGAUCUAUUUCCAAAGAGUUCUCGCAGCUUCCUCAUCCAGACAAGCAAGGCUCACUUCUUAUUUUGCAGGGUUUGGAUGUGUUUUCAUGGUCAUUCCAUCUGUUCUUAUUGGUGCAGUAGCUGUCUCUACAGACUGGAAUCAGACAAGCUAUGGUCUGCCAACCCCUAAUGAAAGAGGAGAGUCCAGCAUGAUAUUACCCAUUGUUCUGCAGUAUCUUUGCCCAACAUAUGUUUCCGUUGCUGGCUUAGGAGCCAUUGCUGCUGCUGUCAUGUCUUCUGCAGAUUCGGCCCUUCUAUCAGCCAGCUCCAUGCUAGCACACAACAUCUACAGAAAAAUUCUUAGGAAAAAGGCUACAGAGAAAGAAGUUGUCUGUAUAAUGAGAGUCUCCAUGGUGGUGUUUGGGACAGCAGCCGCAGGCCUGGCUUUCCUUUCUAACUCUGUGUAUGACCUGUGGUUCCUGAGUGGGGAGCUGGUCUAUGCCCUUCUCUUUCCCCAGCUCUGCUGCGUCCUCUUCAUUCCCAACACCAACACAUACGGCUCAGCUGCUGGAUUCUUCUUCGGGUUCCUGUUAAGGCUGCUGGCAGGGGAGUCUUCCCUGAAAAUUCCUCCUGUUAUCCACUACCCAGGCUGCUCCCUUGUGGACGGGGUCUACGUUCAGCUGUUCCCAUUUAAAACCUUCACCAUGCUUCUCACUUUGGGGACUAUCGUUGUUGUUUCAUACCUGGUGGCGUUUUUGUUUAAGAGAAAAGUGCUCCCUCGCAGAUGGGAUAUUUGCAGCAUAAUGAAAGAAAGUGAGGCCCCUGUUCCACUUCCUGAUAUAGAGGAACAAAUAGGCUUGCAAAUAAAUAUAGUUUAUAUUAAUCCUAUUGAAAUACAUACUUAAUACUGUGUAUUUCAUAAUGCGGGCCAAGUUAUUUCUCAUUACAUGCCAAAUUAUUUUUUAUUGUUGAUGAUUUAAAAUAUCCACCUAAAAAGCUGGAUGCUUUUCUGCAUAACAUUGUUUCUUUCAUUAUAUAGAAAUGUUUUGUUAUUAUAAGACUGAAUAUAUGUAAUGAAACUGAACCUAAACCCCAACGCCAAACAUGUCCACAUCUGGGGAGAGUUUGCGAUGUAGAUCUGAACUUUGGGACCGGUCUCUGUCUUUAUAACAGAUUGAACCAAAUCAGGUGAGCCAAGGGAAUACAUUUAAAACUAAUAAAAUCAUUUAAUUUUUUCACAACCAUAGAAUUAUCUUAAGGAAUCGCUGCCACAAACCAUCCCCAAGGCUACAAGCUAUAAAAAAAUUCAGAGAAUUAGAAGUUUAUAGAGUUAAUGAAAGAAAUGUGCAGGUCCCUUAAAUAGGAUUUUCUUUAAAGAAGGCCAUAAAUCAACCACCAGACAGCGGGAACAAAGGGGGCAACUGCCCCAGGUCUGGCAAUUCAAAAGGGCCCAGGAC